AUGGCACGAACCAAGCAAACCGCCCGAAAGUCUACUGGAGGCAAGGCUCCCCGCAAGCAGCUCGCCACCAAGGCUGCCCGGAAGUUGGCCCCCUCUGUUGGCUCCGUCAAGAAGCCUCACCGAUUCCGACCUGGCACCGUCGCUCUCCGUGAGAUCCGACGAUACCAGAAGUCCACCGAGCUUCUGAUCCGAAAGCUUCCCUUCCAGCGACUCGUCCGCGAGAUCGCCCAGAACUGGAUGCAGGAUCUCCGAUUCCAGUCCUCCGCCGUCAUGGCGCUCCAGGAAGCCUCCGAAGCCUACCUCGUCGGUCUCUUCGAAGACUCCAACCUCUGCGCUAUCCACGCCAAGCGAGUCACCAUCAUGCCCAAGGACAUGCAGUUGGCUCGACGAAUUCGAGGAGAACGAGCUUAG